AUGGACAAUUCUGAAUAUCAAAGGAAGAAAGUAGAGGAACUGCAAAAGAAACUUGCUGAUGCACAUUCAUCCAUUCAUCAUAUUGAACUGAUUGACAAAGUAAAACUUGAAGUUCAUCUACUGAACGAACUUGAUGUCAAGCGAGCAAUGGCAGGCCCGUCAAUGAGUGUCAAUCUUGACAUCCCAGAAUCUAUUGGUUUGUCUACACCAUCACCUAUGCCUUCAUCAUCAAGGCUCAUGGAUUUAGAUAUUGGUAGACUUGGAAGAGAAAGUUGUAGUUCGCUGCCUGUAGAUUAUUGCUUCAUAUUUAAAGAGAAACAAGACUGA